AUGGCGGUGCUAAGACGAUCCAUCUUAUGUUUUUCAGAUGAAAAAAAAGAUAUUGACCAUGAGACGGUGGUUGAAGAACAGAUCAUUGGUGAGAACUCACCUCCCGAUUAUUCAGAGUAUAUGACAGGAAAGAAACUUCCUCCUGGAGGGAUACCUGGCAUUGAUCUCUCAGAUCCCAAACAACUAGCAGAAUUUGCUAGAAUGAAGCCAAGAAAAAUUAAAGAAGAUGAUGCUCCAAGAACAAUAGCUUGCCCUCAUAAAGGCUGCACAAAGAUGUUCAGGGAUAACUCUGCCAUGAGAAAACAUCUGCACACCCACGGCCCCAGAGUCCACGUCUGUGCCGAGUGUGGCAAAGCUUUUGUUGAGAGCUCAAAACUAAAACGACACCAACUGGUUCAUACUGGAGAGAAGUCCUUUCAGUGCACGUUCGAAGGCUGCGGGAAACGCUUUUCACUGGACUUCAAUUUGCGCACACAUGUGCGAAUCCAUACCGGAGACAGGCCCUAUGUGUGCCCCUUCGACGGUUGUAAUAAGAAGUUUGCUCAGUCGACUAACCUGAAAUCUCACAUCUUAACACAUGCUAAGGCCAAAAACAACCAGUGAGAAGAAGAGAGAGAAGACCCUUCUCAGCCUCGGGAAGCAUCUUCAGGAGUGUGAUUGGGAAUAAAUACGCCUCCUUUGUAUAUUGUUUCUAGAAAAGAAUUUUAAAAAUGAAUCCUACAUACCCAAGGGACAUGUUUUGAUAAAGUAGUAAAAAGUAAAAAAAAAAAAAAACUUUAAUAAGAUGACAUUGCUAAGAUGCUCUAUCUUGCUCUGUAAUCUCGUUUCAAAAACACGGUGUUUUUGUAAAGUGUGGUCCCAACAGGAGGACGAUUCAUGAACUUCGCAUCAAAAGACAAUUCUUUAUACAACAGUGCUAAAAAUGGGACUUCUUUUCACACUCUUAUAAAUAUGAAGCUCACCUGUUGCUUACAAUUUUUUUAAUUUUGUAUUUUCCAAGUGUGCAUAUUGUACACUUUUUGGGGAUAUGCUUAGUAAUGCUAUGUGUGAUUUUCUGGAGGUUGAUAACUUUGCUUGCAGUAGAUUUUCUUUAAAAGAAUGGGCAGUUACAUGCAUACUUCAAAAGUAUUUUCCUGUAAAAAAAAGUUCUAUAGGUUUUGUUUGCUCUCUCAAUUUUGGUUGUGUUCUUUGAUGUUAACACAUUUUGUAUAAUUGUAUCGUAUAGCUGUAUUGAAUCAUGUAGUAUCAGAAUAUUAGACGUGAUUUCAUAGUGUUAAUCAAUUUAAACCCAUUUUAGUCACUUUCUUUUUUUCCGAAAAAUACUGCCAGAUGCUGGUGUUCAGUGUAAUCUCUUUGCCUGUUCGGUUACAGAAAGUGGUGCUCAGUCGUAGAAUGUAUUGUCCCUUUAACACCCGAUGUGUGCAUCCCGUGUAACAGAAAGGGCAACAAUAAAAUGGCAAUCCUACAGAAAGAAUAUGGCAGAAGAAGAUCUGUAAGCACAGUCUUAUUUCCUUUUGUUGUCCAGAAUAAUUACAAUUCUUGAGCCUCCCAGAAAUUGGAAGUUAAAUAAAGCAACUCAAGUUUCCUUUAUUUUGCACUCAAUUACAGUGACUUGUGAUUAAAGCGAUGCAUGGAUAUUUUAAUACUUCCCAUGUGUACUGAAUUCUGAAAGAGUAGGUAACAGGCAUCCCGAGUUAAGGAACUACCUCAGAGUACCCCACACCAGGCCCGUCGGGAAUAGGAUUUUGAUUUUGGCUCCCCCGGCAAACGUGACCGAAGCAGUUUGUGCCCUGGCCUGUGUGUGUUCUCAAGGUAAGGUGUUACCUGGCAGGGGGCGCAAGCAGAGGGGAGACCAGGCAUUUCCAUUGCUCAGGCAGCCUUCAGGGCAACUCCCGCAGGUCCUGGCUUGUCUAACAGGAAACGCUUAUGGUUAUUGGCUAUUUGGUUUGAGAGCCUUGGUUCCUCCAUCUAGUGGAAUCUUGAAACGCUAGCACAUUGUAGCAGUUGAGCGCCAGUAGCUUACUUUUGUGCUUCUAAAUGGAUACUGAGUGCAGAUUGGCAAGGUGAUUCGGUUAUUAAGAAAACUGUACUCAGUGAGUACUUUACCUC